UCGUGGAAAAGAACUGAAAAGACGGAAACGGAUUACAAAAAUUUAUAAUUAAUUAAUGUUAAGUUAUGAAAAAAUCAAUUAAUUAUGAAAAAUUAUCAUAAUAAAAAAUAAAAUAAAAAUUUUCUAUAAAAAUAAUUUAAAAAAUAAAAAUAGAAAUAAUUCAAAGAAAUUUUUAAUUAAAAGAAAGAAAAAAAAAUGAAAGUGGAACUAAUUCACUUUCUUCGCGCUGGCUACGUCGUCAUGUUUCUCACACUUUUCCUCAUGAUGUGGGCUUCGAUGGUUGGCGCCGUUGGCACUUUCGACACCGAAUCUCCUCGCAAUCCAUGCUCUUUUAAUCCGCUAUGCACGUGCUCAAAAACACCUCCUGACUUGGGCAUGGUUGAAUGUCGUUACGUGCCAUUUGCGGAAAUUCCUCAGGAAAUCAACAGUUCGAAGGUUUUUUCACUUCACAUGGAGAAAACUGGUUUGCAGGAGUUGGAACCGUAUUUUUUGCGCCCAACUGGAUUAUAUCGUCUUGAAAUCACGGACAAUCCCAUUCAACAUAUCCCUGACGAGGCAUUUUCAGGGUUGGAUCGCUCUUUGUCGAUAUUGAAACUAACCUUCAAUCGUCUUACGGAGAUACCUUCACAAGCGAUGCGACACUUGCGAAAGCUUCAAUACGUCGAUUUCAGUGGAAACGUAAUCCAAGAGUUACGAAAUGAUGCGUGGCGUGGACUCGAAGAUUCACUUCAAACAAUAAUUUUGGCGGGAAAUUUGAUUCCCGCGCUUCCAACGGAUGCGUUUUCGUCACUUCCGUUACUCGAAACAAUCGAUUUGUCCGGAAAUAAUUUAAUGGAGAUCGAAAAAGAUGUUUUUCGUGAUGGAAUGGCGCGAUUGAAGAAUGUAAUAUUGGCGGAUAACUUACUUUCGAGUAUCCCCUAUUCACCAUUGGCUCCUUUGAAGGCCUUGAGAAUGCUUGAUUUGUCCUAUAACCGAAUUUCAACCUUUGCUCCGGAUGAAGUUGAGCUGAAAAGUGUCAGAUUGAACCUCAAUGCUUUGCAUUUGGAAUAUAAUCAGAUAACGUCGAUCCCCCCAGAGUCCUUUGGGAAUUUUGAUGUUCUUAAUAUGACGUAUUUGGAUGGAAAUCCAAUAAAUGUCAUCAGUGAAGGAGCUUUUAAGAAUGCCCGGAUCCGAGAAUUAUACAUGAGGAACUGUAAAUUGCAUUAUAUCUCGCCGGAAGCCUUUGUGAGUCUCGAAUCGUCGCUUCAAGUGCUGGAUUUGUCGGGAAAUAACAUCACGAGUUUGCCGGAAAAGAUUUUUAGUGCCUUUGAUAGUUUGAAAAUCCUCAGUUUACGUGACAACAAAUUCCUCAAAAUCGUACCGACUGAACUUUUCAUGGCACUUCAGCCAACACUUCACAAACUCGAUUUAACGGGCGAUAACAUGCCAAGUCUCAUUUUGCAAGAUUUGCGACGUCUCCGAAAUCUUCGCUCCUUGGCAAUUUCACGACUUGCGGGGCAAUCCAUUGGUCCAGAAGACUUUUUGGAGUACGGCUACGAAUUGGAGGAUCUCAAAAUUUACAAAGCGGGUCUCAAAAGUAUUCGAAAUAACGCGUUUCGUGAAAUUCGAACGAUUAAGAGACUGGAUUUGAGCGAAAAUAACAUCAAUUCGAUUGAAAAUGAUGCAUUUAAGGAGGUAGGACAUUCGUUGUUGUCGUUGAGGAUAUCAAGAGGAUUGUCAAUGGACACAGUUCCUGUAGCGGCGUUCAAAGCAUUGAAAUCGUUGGAGGAAUUGGAUUUGACAAAUAAUCGAUUGUCGAAAGUGCCUGAUACGAGUUUUCAUAAUUUGAAGAAUUUGAGAGUUGUGGAGAUGCAUGAUAAUAUGAUUGAUCAGCUGAGUAAAGGAACUUUUCAGGGAGAUCUCCAUCACAACUUAGAAAUCGUCUCAUUUGCCUUCAACAGCAUCCGUCACGUCUCGCAACACACCUUUGUCGACUUGAAAUCCCUGAAAAAAGUCCGCUUAGAAGACAACAAAAUCGAGCGCAUCGAACGCAAAGCCUUCAUGAAUCUCGACAAACUUCGCACCAUCAACUUACGCGGCAACAAAAUCAACAGCAUUUCCGACGAAGCAUUCCAGAAUUUACAAAGUUUGGAGUACUUGGAUAUGGCUUAUAAUUCACUUAGUUCAUUCGAUUUUGAUUACUUUGAUCAGGUUGGAUCAAUUUCGUCCCUUCGAGUGAACGUUAGUUACAAUAAAAUUACAGAUUUACGGGAUAAUGUCUCGAGUUUGAGUGUAAGAGAUCACAGUGGGUCCGUUUUUCAUUCAAAUAUUAAGCAACUGGAUUUGUCGCAUAAUAAUAUCUCGAAUAUUUUGGGAGGAUUUUUCAGACCAGCGGAGAUUUCGUUGACGCAUUUGUAUUUGGGACAUAAUUAUUUGACGAACAUCAGUCGUGACGUUUUUGGCAGCAUGCCCCAUUUACAAUGGCUCGACUUGAGUCACAAUCGCAUCUUCGAGAUCGACUACGACACCUUCAAGAACACGAAACGUCUUCAAGUCAUCAAUCUCUCGAACAAUGGAAUCAGUGACGUACCAAUGGACCUCUUCCGCUUCAUCCGCUUUUUACGAGUUGUUGAUUUGUCGCAUAACUUCAUCCGUGGCUUGACGGAAAACUUCUUCGGGGGCGACGGAAUGGAGUUACUCGACUUGUCCUACAACAAAUUCAUGAGAGUUCCCGCUUUGGCAUUAUCUAAUUUGGCAGCCUUAACACUUUGCGAAUUGGAUUUGUCUCACAAUCACAUCGCCGCUAUUCAAAGUAUUGAUCUUUCGAAUAAAUUUAGGAGUCUUGUGUGGCUGGAUUUGUCGCACAAUGAGUUGAUCCGGUUGGAGGAUGCGGCGUUCGCGACUUUGCCACGUUUGAGUUAUCUGGAUUUGUCGCACAAUCAGGACCUUGAAGUCAAUGGACGUGCCUUUAUUGGGCUUGAAAAUACUUUGUUGGAGUUGAAAUUGCAGAAUAUCUCGACAGAUGUCUUUCCGGAAUUGUCUUUUAAUCGUUUGCAGUCCCUCAGUUUGGCAUUUAAUGAACUUCCAACGAUUCCCCAACAAAUUGCCGAAAACUUAACCAGCUUGAGGAAAGUCGAUCUCUCGUACAACGAUCUCACAAUGAUACCGGAAAUGGUAAAAUCCCUCCCAGAAUUGCGUUCUUUGUCACUUUCGGGCAAUCCGAUCACUACUUUGACCAACGCCACAUUCCACGGAAUUGCCGAAGACUUGUCUGAACUUUAUUUGUCAAAUCUAGAUUUGAAGGAAUUUGAAGCGGGAACCUUUAAUCAUCUCUAUUUGCUGCGAACUUUAGAAGUUUCUGCCUUUCCGGGCAUUCAAAAGUUCAACGUUCCAAAAAUGGUCGAACAUUCCCUCAAUUUACGCACUUUAAUAUUGCAUGGACCACAAACGCGGGAAGAAACCUCCAUCUCAAAGUUCACAGAUGGCAUCAGUGCGCUCGUUUCGCCGCGCUUUUCUAAUAUGCCGGCGUCGGAUUUCUCGCGAGAAAUGAUUGGAAAUUUGCCGUUUAAGGUGAGAAAAGUAGUUUUUGAGGGACAUUCGUUGAAUAGAGUUGCGGAAGAUGUUUUGAAGGGGAUUCAGUCGCCAGUGUUGCAUGUCGUUUUCAAAAAUACUUCAUUAACGGCGUUGCCGGAUAAGAUUUUCAACAGUUUGGAACACGUGAGGAACAUUACGGUAGAUUUUACGCAUACGAAUAAGCAGUUGAAAAAAGUGGCGAACCCAAAUACAGCGCAUUAUCCGAAUAUAGCGGAAAGGACUUUUCUCACGGAGCUCAAUAUUGAUGGGAUGUCGUUGACUUGUGAUUGUGAAUUAGGUUGGGUCGAAUUCUGGCAACGAAAGACCCGUCAAUACGUGUGCACAUCACAAACGUGGGCCGACAGUACUUUUAAUCAUCCUUUCCAUGCCUUGAAUGAUCGUGAAUCUGACGUUGAUCAUCUUUGCAACGAACAUAGCGAUCUAAUGAGGACUGCUACGUGCUCCAAUAAAGGCAAUUCCAUUCUAAUUGAGGUAACCAAAAACGACUUGGAAUGCGGUUGGGGAAGCGGAGCAAGCUCAUUAGUGACACACAUCAGCGUCGUUUUAAUAUUUGGCAUUACAUUCACCUCACUCUUGAUAUGACUUAUGCGCUACUUAUUCGUCAUGUACAAAGAAUUUUACGAAAUUUUAGAGCGUUUGUAUGGCGGCAACAAGUCCGAAAAAAGUUCCGAUAGCGAUUCACCGCGUGGUUCCGUCAAAAGUUUCGAAAGUAUCACGAGUGAAGAUAUUAACGACAACAAUAAUAACGAAGUCGGAACGUAAAUUACUUAUUAAAUCCCUGUUUUUUGUGAAACGAACUCCACUAUUUUUACUGUAUCCUGCUUGAUGUGAAAUAAAAAAAAAAUUAAA